AUGGUGUUCCUUGGUGAUGUUCAGCGCUUCACCGCGCUAAUUGUAGACGUAGUGAGCUGGGGUGUGUUAACCGUGACCGUGGUCCUGCUGUGCCAGGCUGCUGCAGCUGUCUGGAGAUCCCUGCAGAGGGUGAAGCUGCAGGAGAAGGUGCUGCCUGUUCCGCCAGGAGCGCACUGGCUGUUCGGUCAUACUGUCAUCGGAGAAAAGCUUGAUGAGAAAUCCCUGGAAUGGUCGGCUACGUACAAGUACGCAUAUCUCUUCAAGUACUGACCGGGGAGGACGCACUGUUCCGUAGUCCAUCCGAAAUAUGUCAAGGAAGUGUUUGCCAGAGCAGAGAAAGGUGGAUUCCCGUACAACAUUCUGAGACCAUGGCUAGGUGACGGCCUUUUGAACAGUAACGGGGCUAAGUGGUUCCGGAACCGCCGCCUGCUUACACCAGCCUUCCACUUCGAGGUGCUGAAGCCUUACAUCAGACUGUUCUCCGAGAGCACAAACGUUAUGUUGGAAAAGUGGGAGGAACUUGGAUCCGGAUCAUCUGUCGAUGUGUUUCACCACCUAAGUCUGAUGACACUGGACAACAUGCUGAAGUGUGCUCUAGGUCAGAACACUGACUGUCAGACAAGGAAAUCAAAUGAGUACAUAGCAGCCGUUCAUGAGUUGGCUCAGCUGACAGAGAAGCGUGGAGCUCACUUAUCUCAGUACUUCCUCAACGACUUCUUGUACAUCAACUGCUUACCGGCUGGGAAGAGGUACAAGAAAGCCCGCGAUUCUGCCCACCGAUACUCCGAGGCCAUCAUCCAAGAACGUAGGAAAACUCUAGAUCAUCCAGGUUCGCAAGACAUUCACCAUGGACGGAAAUAUCUGGACUUCCUGGACAUCCUGCUGAAGGCAAAGGAUGAAGAUGGUAACGGUCUGACAGACGCUGAGAUCCGUGACGAGGUGGACACAUUUGUGUUCGAGGGACACGACACCACAGCCAGCGGGCUGGCCUGGACCCUGUACUGUCUGGCUCGUCAUCCGGGACAUCAGGAGAAGUGCAGGAAGGAGGCACAGGAAGUGCUGCAGGGGAGAACGGAACUGACGUGGGACAACUUGUCGUCUCUGAAGUACAUCACCUUGUGCAUCAAGGAAAGCCUGAGGAUGUACCCUCCUGUCCAGAGGUUGUUUAGGCAAUUGGAGAAGCCUAUGACUUUCUUCGACGGCCGAACUCUACCGCAAGGUUCCAAUGUGUACAUCAGUGUGCGUAACCUACACUACAACCCUCACGUGUGGGGGAACCCAAAGGAAUUCAAUCCUCUGCGCUUCGCACCGGAGAACUCCAAGAACCGAAGUCCAUACGCCUUUCUACCUUUUGCGGCAGGACCAAGGAACUGUAUCGGACAGCACUUCGCCAUGAACGAGUUGAAGACAGCUGUUGCGCUCAUCCUGCAGCGGUUCAGUCUGACUCCAGACGAUACCCUACCGGAGCCCGUACCUGAAAUUAGCUUGGUCACACGGGUUAAACCUCCAGGGCUCUUCCUGCAGAUCACAGCCAUAAACUGA